CCUUCCUCUCACGUGCCCUAGUUUCCUCUGACCUGCUCCUCCCACCCUCUUCCUCUCGACUCCAUAUUGAGGCUGAAGGAGGCAAAAUCCAGUCACAAAAUGGAGGUUAAAAGGAGCAACUGAGUCAGAACACACUCCCAAAAUGGCGUGUAAAGAGGAGAGAGAGGCUGAAGAUUACAAGAGAAGGGGAAGAAGAUCUUCACAGGGCCAUGAUCCUAAAGAACCAGAACAAUUGAGAAAGCUGUUUAUUGGUGGCUUGAGCUUUGAAACUACAGAUGAUAGCCUAAGAGAGCACUUCGAAAAAUGGGGCACGCUCACAGAUUGUGUGGUGAUGAGAGACCCACAGACAAAACGCUCUCGGGGCUUUGGUUUUGUGACCUACUCUUGUGUGGAAGAAGUAGAUGCUGCAAUGGCAGCUCGACCACAUAAAGUUGAUGGCCGUGUGGUAGAGCCAAAGAGAGCCGUUUCUAGAGAAGAUUCUGUGAAACCUGGUGCUCAUUUAACAGUGAAGAAAAUAUUUGUUGGUGGGAUUAAAGAAGACACAGAAGAAUAUAAUUUAAGAGAUUAUUUUGAAAAAUAUGGCAAAAUUGAAACCAUAGAAGUAAUGGAAGACAGGCAGAGUGGAAAGAAGAGAGGUUUUGCCUUUGUGACAUUUGAUGAUCAUGAUACAGUAGACAAAAUUGUUGUUCAGAAAUACCACACUAUAAAUGGGCAUAACUGUGAAGUGAAGAAAGCUCUCUCCAAGCAAGAAAUGCAGACUGCAACUGCACAAAGAAGUCGUGGGAGUAGUUCAAGCAACUUCAUGGGCCGUGGGAACUUUGGAGGCAGCGGUGGAAGUUACAACAGAGGUGGAAGUUUUGGUGGUAGAGGAGGCUACGGUAGUGGAGGUGGUGGCAGCAGUAGAGGAAGCUUUGGGAGUGGCGAUGGAUAUAAUGGCUUUGGUGAUGGUGGAAACUAUGGUGGUAGCCCUGGAUAUGGUAGCCGAGGUGGUUAUGGUGGUAGUCCAAGCUAUGGAAAUCCAGGUGGUGGAUAUGGCGGAGGAGGUGGAGGCUAUGAUGGUUAUAAUGAAGGAGGAAGCUUUGGAGGCAACUAUGGUGGCAGUGGGAGCUACAACGAUUUUGGCAACUACAGUGGACAACAGGCCUCAAGUUAUGGACCCAUGAAAGGAAGUGGCAGUUUCAGUGGCAGAAGUUCAGGCAGUCCCUAUGGUGGUGGCUAUGGAUCGGGAGGAGGAAGUGGUGGCUAUGGUGGAAGAAGAUUCUAAAAACUGUAGCAGGAUAGAUUGUUGAAGAAACCUCUGUGACCAGAGGUGGAUAUCUUAUUGGAAAAAUCUUGCUUGGUAAGAGUGUAAAACACUGAUGUUUCUUUGUAUUCUGAGCUCUGAAAACUGAGUUUUGGAGAUGAGAACAAACUGGAUAAAUGUGAAGUAUAUUGAUAUUUAUUACUGUAUUCAAAUCAAUGUGAAUGAGCAAUGUUGAAAUUAGCUAUUUGGCAUUUAGAUCUAGAAUUCUACCAUUCAUAGUAAUUCAUACAACUGUGAAAGAGAUGGGUGGCUUGCUUAACAAUGAGGCCUCACUGGGGUGAGGCUUGACUUGGCAUUGUGCUCACUUUCGGCCGUUGCCAUGUGAGUAUUUGGGGAAAAAAUGGAUGGUGACAAUUGUCCUCCAAUAAAUGAGAAGUAGGGUUUUUUAAAUUCCUUGUUUUCAGCUAAGUUCAUGACUUGUGAAUGGCUCAAAAAGUUGUAGUGGUCUCUAGUAGAGUUCACCAGUCAUCACCUUCUGGACAGUAUUAUGCAUUGAUUAUGGAUAGGCAAUUUGCAAACCGCAUGUAGUAAUGGUAUGAAUAAAAUGGGAAACUGCUCUGAGCUUGAAACAAAACAUUUCCAAUAUUUUGAGAAGGUUUUUUCUCCCCUGAUGAAACAACACAUCAGAGGAAAAGGUGGGUACUCCUUGAAAUAAACUUUAUUGCCCUGCUUACCUAGAACAAAAAGUUCUCGUUACUGUAGCAGAAUAUGUAAAACAAUGGAACAAAGUACAGUAUUUUGUUUUAAUUUGGGGAACUCUCAGAACAGUGGUAGGUUGGUUUUGCUGUUUGCAUGCCCCUGGCAUACAGCCUCUUAAUGCUAUUACCAAAACUUGGCAGGAACCACUGUAUUUGGUGGGAUAAUUUCCCAGUGACUGGUGAGAAAGGUGUAUGAGGCAUAACAGAUUGCUGAACAUACUCCCCACACACACACAAACACACAACAACCUGAAAACCCUGAUCUGACUAGUUGUGUAAUGUCUUCACUCCCCACUCCCAUUGCAGGCCUAAAAAUAAGUAUAGACCAGGGUGCAAAAUAACGUUGCCCUGUUCUCAUCUGAAAAGUGAUUUUUCAAUUACAUAAGUAGCCAAUCUAAAGUUAGCAUUGCUGGUUUCCUAUUGGUAAUGUUUUUAAUUGCCAGAUUGCAGGCAAGAAAAUCAGUAACAUUCUCACCUGGAACACAUGAUGUGCCCUCUAAAUAACUUCCAGGUAACAAACCCUUAAAAUGAGUCUCUGGUUUCUUUUAUAAAUUUUAAAAACUCAUUCUGUAAGCCUUAAUUUUGUAAUCUAAUAUUUAGAACUCAUUUGCCUUACUCUGUAUGCUAGUUCUACAUGUGAAAGAGUAGGACUGUGGUUCCAGAUUGUCUGCAUUUACUGGCCACCUUGCCUUUGUCAGCAUCACAAUCUAACAAGUUAGGAACUUGUGAGCAGUUUACAAUUCCUAUACCUAUCUACAGUUGUCUCGAAUGUACACAUUGUUAAGUUAGAGCAAAUAGGAACUGUGGCUAAUUGAAACUGAAUAUGAGAGAAUAUUUCUAGAUUGUGUCUUGUUAUUAAUCCUAGGACUGAGUGGCAAAGAGCAUCUAUGCUCCCUUUUUGUCUUAUAAAACAGAGUUGAGGCUAAAAUGGGUACACUAAUCUCAGCAAUCCCCAGCAAGAUGGACAUGGGGUGAGUGCAUGUGUUUCUUUCUUUGUACCUCACAUUUGGAGGUGUUCUGAUACUCUUACUAGGAAAAGAGUAGCUGAAUCUUGUGUGCACUCAGCUAAAUGUUUUCCCAAACAAGGCAGAUUAACCAACUGUGUUUGGCGAUGGGCUUAGAUGAAUUAUGGUGCAAGAACAGUGCCAGCAUUAGCAUCCAACGGUCCUCAAUAACUUGUUAGCAAAUUAGGAUAUUCUGUAGGUUACCAUUCCUGAUGUGCUAAAUUGUUUACUUUUAUCUUCUGCUCUGCAGGAUGACUAAUCCUGAAGAAACAAUCGUCUGUUUCCAUAAAUUGAAAUUUUUGAUUCUUCAGUGGAACAUGUAUACAACUGAUAGCUAUGAGAGCAAAAAUUGAAGCAUGUAAUAAUCAAAUGCUUACAAUAAAACAUAGUUAAUCAUGA